UCUGUCACCAACUUUGCUAUGAGUUGCGUGCGGAUCAAGUUAAAUUUAAAUAAUAUUGUUAAAUAUUAUGAAUAAGUUUGGAAUCACUUUAAUAAAAUAUAUUAACUAAUAUUAAAUGUAUGUUGUGCCACAAGUGCCUUACCGAAAGGUCUAAUAAUAUAUAUCUCUUUGGGAUAAUAUUGUCAGUGGGUCAGCGUUCAUCGUUUUCAUUUUAUUACGAAGUUUUGUGUUAGUGAUAUUAUUUGAUUAUGUGCUGAAACUACUGAAUUUAAGUUAGGCUACAUUUAAACGGCAUCAUGACUCUAACAAUGACUGAGAAAGUCAAUGAAUGCCCCGCCGAGUUGGUUCAAUUUAUGUCCAUUGAAAAAGAGCAAGAAUGCGAGACAGAACAGGACUAUUGCCGUCUCCGAAAUGGCAAGAAGUUAGAAGAGGACAACAAUAACCUGACGAAGCAGGACCUGGAGUACCUCAGCUACAGACAGCUGCUGAAGUACGAGCAGGCCCCUGAGUACCUCCAGCACAACCCGUUCAUCCGAGACGGAUAUCGGAAACUGUUGCCCACUAAAUUAUGCUGGGAGAGCAUUUUUUGGUGGACAAACGAAACAAUGAACAUAUGGACACACCUGUUUGGGUUCAUGCUAAUCCUCGGGUUAACUAUUAACGAUCUUCUCAUCAUUAACAUCCACGCGACUUCAGUAGACAAGUUUGUGGCUGCCAUACUACUGUCGUGCUUCCUGAUCUGCAUGGCCUCUUCAGCCAUGUACCACACGUUCUCGUGCCGCUCGGAGACGGACUACAACGCGUUCCUCAUGUACGACCUGUUCGGCAUCGCGCUGUCGCUGCUGGCCAUCUACACGUCCGGCGUGUACUACGCGUUCUGGUGCCAUGCCGAGCUGAAAGCCUUCUACAUGGCAUCAGUGACGCUGAUCUUCAUAGGCGCGAUGGUGGUGCAGAUCCCGCGGCUCUGUGUUCCCUACCCCGUCAAGAUGUCCAUCUUCAUCGGCUGGGCGGCGUACGGGGUGCUGCCUACAUUCCACUGGACGUAUGCCAUGGGAGGGUUCGAUAACCCUAUGGUGCAGAUGUUUUUCCCUCGAGUUAUCGGAAUGUACGUGAUAAGCGGCACUGCCUUCGCUAUUUACGCCUUCAAGAUCCCGGAGCGCUGGUUCCCCGGCAAGUGCGACUACGUGGGGCACUCGCACCAGUGGUGGCACGUGCUGGUGCUGGGCGCGCUCUACUACUGGCACAACUCGGGCAUGCUGUACGUGCAGUACCGCAUGAACCACGGCUGCGCUAAUAACAUGAGGAUCUUUUAGGGAGGGGGGUGAGAGGGGUGGGCGAGUGGAUUGGACUAAAGGAUGAUGGAAUGGUGUAGAUAAUUCUGGAAAUUUUAUAUGAAACAGCGUGAUUCAGGAAAAAAGUUGGCGAUCCUCUGGUUCUAUUAUCGACGUAAAUAAAUUUCACUGUACCGCGAUUCGUAGUAAAUACGGCUACUGGGAUUGGUGCAUAGUGUAUUUCCUAAAUGAGUUUAUCUACGUCGAGUUGAGGUGGCCAACUUGAGUGGUCCAACAAAGAACUAUUGUUGACUAAUGAUGUUAGAUGAAACAGAAUUCACGAUCCGGCUGAUUUGGCCACCCCUGUUGUAGAUUGUAGAUACAUACUAUGAAAAUAUGUAUAUGAGCCUGAAAAUAUUCUAAAAUAUACAUAAAUUGUUGAGACUAUCUCGUUGUGAAGUAGGUAGGUAUUAAAUUAAAUUGUAGAAAGUUGUUAAAUUGUAAAUUUUAUGGGGCCUUUCUUGAUGUGACUAAUAAAAUGUAAAUUGAUUAGGUGACUAGGGAAACCAUAUAAUUGAAUAUCGAUUGUAGUUUAUUGAAUGGUUUAUUUGCUUGUGAUUAAAUGUAUUUAUACAAGAACUAAAUAAAUCGUAAGUAGGUAGUGGCAAUUAUGAAACUAUGCUCAAGUUAGUAAUAAUCUAAAAUAUACAUUAUACAAUCAUACUUUUUUAUCAUGCGCUCUCUUCUUGCUUGAAUUCUCACGUCUAUAAAUAAUAAAUAAUGACUGUGUACGGAUAUUUAUUAAUAUCAGGGAACAAUAAAGACAUUCCUUAAAAUGCAUUGCUUUUGCUCAACUAAAGUUACCUAAUACACUCUCUACUGUUAAUUUAGUUUAGUAAGUAGUUAAUUUUAUAUGAAUUCCUUUUUAAGAUUCAUUAUUUUUAAAUUAACCUAAUUUGUAUACGGUCGAAGGAUCCAAUACUUUAGUUUCUUUUACUUAUUUAUUUUUGUACACCUUUGUUAUAAAAUAGCAUUUAUUUACAUAUAACCUGUGAUCCCAACUUAGAAGUAUUUGGUAAGAAUUAGGAGGAUUGAAUCUUUAUUAUUAAUAAAAUGGCCCAUGGAACUAAGCUACUUAAAUUCUAAUUGGUGCUCUAUUUUUCUUGUAAGGUUAAAUUUACUAUUAUGUUUAUAUUUUAUUAUUUGGAUAUGGGUACUUACAUGAAAUAAAACUUGAAAUAUUUGA